AUGAAGGAAGAUGAAGCCGAGCGCAACGUCGUACUGGCAAUCGAAUCCUUGUUUCCUGCACUCAAAGAUUUGGAUAUUGGUCACCUUCGUGAAUCCGAGCUUGCUGCCUCUUUUGUACAUCCACUUAUUCAAGCAUUACUUGCUUAUGACACUGAAGAUAAAGCUGCAAGAUAUUACGAAGUCAUGAUGUAUGACCGCUAUCAACCGUCCUACAGAACAUGUUUUGGGGAACUUAAAGGGGAAGGCUCAUCGGUUACCCUGUCGAUAGUGGGCUUUUACCGUUUGGGUGUGUUUGCCAAAUUGGAAAUGGUCUCCAGCAAUCUUACCGGCAACUUCCAACCAUUUACGACACCCAAGACCAAGAAUGAUAUCAUGACGAUGACGAGCAUUCUGGACGAUCUUUUACAAGAUUGUCGUUUAUCAUCGCACGAUUGUCAAGUCCCAAACUCCAAAUACAAAGCAUCCAACAUUACCAUUUGA